UACGCAGAUCCUAAAUGAUCAUGAAUGAACUAUUCAUUAUAGGAUAUGUAAUAAUUUUCAUAAUUUGUGAUUAAUUCAGAAUUAUGACAUUUCAUUGAAGCUUCAAUGAAAAUAACGCAAUAAAACUUCAGUUAUUAUUCGUACAUUGUACAGUGCUGUUUAUAUUUCAGCUAAUGACUCGUGUACAUAUCUGUAUUUCUCAACAAGUAAUUGCAAUCGAGAUCUCAACUACCCGUUAAAUAAAUUAACACACGUUGUGCAGUACGUAAUCAAUACAUCGUCGUGUAGAUAUUAAAGUUUAAAUGCAAAUGUCAUGAACUCUGUGUUACCCGUGACAGUGCUUUUUGUUUGCUAUAAAUAGAAAAAGCUUAUUAUGAAACUUAAAGAAGUAUUUGAAACUUUUAAUCAAGUUUAAAAUGAAGCAUGACCCUAAUGUAGACUGAUUCAGAUCUCUGAUCUUCCCAAGCUUUUUUCUCAUUUUGUGCUUAAUGCCAAAAUAUUAGAUAAUAUCACUAUGGAGCAAAAUAAUGUAGGGAAUAGUAAAAGUUCAAUAUACGUAGCAAUUUCAUUUAAAAAAUUAUGUUUGGCAACAGUGUCUUUGCCUCUUGUUACCCUCUUAAUUUGUUUCGUUACGGCAUAUAUCUUUCAGCAAGAUGAUAUUCACGAAACACAUUGCAGGGUUUAUAAUGUACUUCCAUCAAUCUCAGCUAUUACCGGUAUAUCUCCACAGAGAUAUUUGUGGCGUAUAAGCAUAGCAUUACAUAUUGGUCCUCGUUUGAUCAUUGCCAGUGUUUAUCACUCAUAUUACUACAAAAUACUUAAAGCAAUUGAAGAUGUACCUUCAAGGAUUGUGGGAUGUAGGCUUUUGAAUUUAUGCUACUGGUUAAAUAUCGCAGAGGUAGCAGCCUUGUGUGGUGUUACAUAUAUCUCCAACAGAGAAAAUUAUUCUGUGCACGAGAAGAUCUUCAUUGCUUUCAUGAUUAGCUCUCUUACAUAUAUGCUAAUGGCAGUAAGGUUGGGUCGUCUUGUGACGCCAAAUGCACAAAGCCUUCAGUACAAACAGGCACUUUUUGUAACAAGUCUUAUUAGUACUAUUGGACUCAUUAUUUUCUUUCUAAAACACAGACUACUGUGCCACGAUUUGGCAUUUAGUUGGUUUUCCUUAUGCGAGUAUGUGAUUGCCUCUGCAAAUAUGGGUUUUCAUGUUACCGUAGUUCUAGACUUUCCCAAGGAGCAGCUGGUUGUUGGAAAUGGUUUACCCACCUUAAAGGUGGAAUAACUCAUAAUAUUUUAUACUUAUCAUUAACGUAUUAUUGUCAUCAAAAGUGCCUACUGCCACUGUCUGGAAGUGCUAUUGCCAAAGGUGAAAAAUAUACUACACUAUGCUAGGUAUCCACUAGCAUAAACACUGGCAAACAUUUCUUAACAAAACACGCAUAUAUUGAAUGAAAUCAAAACAUUUAUAAGUAAUUGUUACCGUUUUAGGUACGUAAUGAUGAUGGUGAUAAUAUUGAUAUUACAUAAACAACAUUAAGAAUCUCUAGAUUUUAUUAUAGAAUUGUAUGAUUUUAUGAUCGGAUUUAAAUUUUGAAGCUUUUUUUCUGUUAUAUAAUACAGAAACAUCACAGACUCAGAAGUUUUAUAGCACUUCUUGUAAUUUAGAUCUCUUCCUCUACUUUUUUUUCAAGUAGAAACGUUUUUUAAAAUAUUUAUUGUGUCAUACUUACUAGAAUAUUAAAUACUAAAACGGGGGAAAUAUUUAAUUCGUAAAAAGAAAUUUUACUAGAAUAUUUGAAAGCAGAAUAUGUAGAAAUGUUUUAAACAUUGAGUGGAUACAUAGCUUACUGCUCAUUUUUAAUUAAUUUCGACGAGAUAGGAUUAUCGAACACUUUAUUAAGCUACAGAUGGAUUUUUAACUUAGCAUUUCCCCUUGAUUGUAGGCGAUUUUCAUUUGAAAAUAUACCUACUAUUUAAAAGUUAAAAAAAAAAGAAACUUUUUUUAAAUCUAGCGCUUCCGAAGUAUGGCACUGGUAUCUUCCAAGGCAAUGAAAAUCUUCAAUGGCCUUUUAGGUAGCGGAUACUUAUAGUAGUACCAGACAAAUAUGUAUCCUACAUACAUACAAUAAUUAAACAGUCCAAAAUAAUUAAAUUACACAUUGAAAUUACGUGGUUGAUUUAAUGAAUAAUGGAAAUAUUACAAGGUGACUCAUUAAUAGUUUAAAAAUCUGCUUUUAUAGACUUUCUAUUUUUCAAAGUGUGAUUUCUAGUCCAUAACUAAAUCUAGUCGUUACCUUUUUUAUUUCUUUUCAAGCAUCUUUAUAUCAUGGAUUUUGAUGCAUUGUCAGCAUGUAGGAUGCAUUUGUAUUAACAUGUCUUUCGUCUUUAACGUAGGUACGUUCAUUAAAUGAGUGUACGUAAUCUUAAUUUAAGAUAUUGUAGAAAUGUUAUUUAUCAUUGUACAGCUGUAUAUCAUCAGUCAUGUAUAAAAAAAAAAAUGAAAAAAAGAAAAAUACUACCACAGCAGUGGAGUAAUUUACUUGACAUUCGUGUAACUUUGGUCACGGCAAUAUUAUUUUAAGAAUGUAAGAAUUAAUACCCACAUUUGUGAUCUCUGAUAUAACAUGAUUGGCAUAUUUAAAUACACAACUUCAAUGGAAAUAGGCAAUCGUAUAACACAUUUCUGACCAAGACACCAAUAACGUCCAAAGUUAUGGAACAAAUUAAUGAAAUUAAUUCGAAUAACUGUUUAUACCAAAUUUUAUAAUCAAGAAUCUCAUCUUCUUUUUCACGAGGAAUAUUAAGUGAACAAAACGAAAGUUUGUAAUAAAAUGACAUUGUUGUAGGUGUGUUGGAAUCAGUCGUAUAAAUUCAUAUACAAACCUGUACAAUAUGUAAAGAUCCGGAAUGAAUACAUGGCGUUACCGCUGAUAUAUUACACUAUAACGUUCCUUAUACGUUUUAUGUUAAACAUAAAUAGGGACAAUUAGAUUUCCAUGACACACUUUGAUAUCUUUUUAAUUUCGAUUGAUCAACUGCUAAUCAUACACUACAAUAAACGUCACAGUACUUUUUUUACCAAUCGAUUGUAUACAAAAUUAUUGUUAAACCGCAAACAACAAAGAUAAAUCAUGUACAGUGAAACAAAACAACAUAUCUUGAAUGGUUCCCAUUACAAAACGAGCCGGUGUUUCUGCUCGUUUUUAUUUAUCCGUGCCAAGUGAUAUAUUAAAGAUACUAUAAACGUACUAAUGAUGCCAUGUAAAUUAAAAUCUACCUACAGAAUAACUUUAAUAAAUCACUUAACACUGAAAUGGUUAAGAUCAUUGAUUUUCUUUUGUUUCUCUUUAGUUGAAUUACAUAGUUUGUUAAGUGUAGCUGUACAUUACUCGAUCGUAGAUCAAACACACGCAUUGUUAAGCUAUUAUGCUGUCUUUAUAAGACAAUUUGCAGGAAUAAUUUAUUCGAUGUAAGAUAAUUAUAAGUAUGUAAGAAGCUUUGGUAGAUUGUUGAGGUACACGUUAGGCUUCUUUAGAGAUAAUGGCGACAUAGCGGUGAGGAGGUUCCUACACUUGUUAACUAUUGGUUCACAAACUUUUAAGUAUACGAAGGUUUAGAAAUUUUCUUAUUUGGAGAUUUGGAAAUUUGAUAAUGUUAAAAUUUAGAGGUUUGGGCACUUGGAAAU